UCCGCAAGUGAUGAAUACCCGUUAGCGAAGGUGCAGAGUAAGUCUCCCGAUCCUGUAUUAAUCCCAGAUUCACUCAAAUGCUGUCUCAAGUUUUAGUGCCGCGACCGCAUCUGGACACGAGGGCCGCAGAGCGGCUAAGGCCACCGGACGCAGAGAGCGCGGUCAAAGAAAACCUUUACGCUGGCACGUCCGCGGGCCUGGCCACCGCGGGAUACAGGUGCGCCAAAUACACGCCGCAGGAAUGGUUCGCUAACAACUACGCUACGCUGAAGCAGGCCGCCACGGAGGGGAGUAACGCCCAAAGGAUUCAGCACGAGUCCAAAAGACUGUCCACGGAGACGGGGAGUGCGGCUUUGCGCACGCAAGCCGAGGCGACCACGCACUUGGGCGAACGGCUGCAGGAUAUCUACUUCUGGAAGGCGGAGUUGGGGCGGCAUAUUGAACGCCUGCUAGCCGAAACGGAGCUGCUUUUGGCGCAGAAGCGGAGACUAGAGAAAGCCCUGGACGCCACGGAGAUACCCUUCGCCAUCGCCACGGACAAUUUAACGUGCCGUGAGAGACGCUUCGGGCCAGACCUGGUGCAAGACCAAGUCGAAGAAGAACUUCUUAAGGAAGUUGAACUGAUUAGAAGCAUCCAGGCUCUGCUGAAAAAAACUCUGGAUCAAGCUGUCAAUCAAAUCAGGCUAAACAGGGAGGCCAAGCAGACUCUGGAACUGGAUUGGUCUGAUAAACAUCAGGCCUACAACCUGGAUGAUCAGUGUGGUCGUUAUAGUAACAGGAGCAGGGACACUCAACACUAUCCGAGCUCAGCUAAAGUUCAUGAUCAGCUGUGUGACAGGGAGGCGUGGCUGGGCUUCACCCACACUAACCUGGGCCUGGCGGAGCGGGAGCAGGCGGCAAGCAGCGCGCUGCGGCAGCUGUGUGAGCGGGUGCUGCUGGAGACGGCGGAGGACCUGCGUGCGCAGUGUGCCAGCGUGGAGCAGGCCUUCAGCCUGCGCUGCCAGGAGCUCACACAGGCCAAGAGUCAGCUGGAGCUGCAGCUGACGCAGGUGCUGGAACAGAUUGGGGCUCAGGAGCGCAACAUCAGUUCUCUGCAGCAGGCUGUGUAUGACAAAGAAGCUCCUCUCCGUGUGGCUCAGUCCAGACUACACUACAGAGCACAGAGACCAAACAUGGAGCUCUGCAGGGACCAGCCACAGAUCAGUCUGCUAGGAGAGGUGGACGAGAUCUCACGUAGCGUUCAGGAGCUACAGGUUCAGCUGGCGCAGGCGUGGGACUCUCUGGCUCAGCUGGAGCAGAGCAGACUUCUGCUGGAGAAAGACAUCAGCUGCAAAACCCACUCACUGCUCAUCGACCGCCAGAAAUGCAUGAAACACCGCACACGCUACCCCACCAUGCUUACCCUGUCUGGAUACUGACACACACGCAACCAAACAGGCACCUGUACACACACACACACACGCAACCAAACAG